GCCUGGUAAGGAACUGUCUGGCUGCCUCGCCUUCCACAAGCGCAAUCACCCUCAUCUCCCGUGUGCGUGCCACGCAUUGAACGGAGCCACAAUACCUGCGUCAUCGUCACUGUCGUCGUCAACGACAGCCGCAUCCCCCGUCCGGCUGCCGUCGUCUCACCGGUGCCAUCUCAGCCGGGCUGUCUGUCCACUCCGGCAACUGUUGUCCAUCUCUCCAUCCAGCUCUCCCCUUGCCUCCUUCCCUCCCUCCCUCCCUCUCUCUCUCUCGCGCCGCUCCGCUCUCGAUCCAAGGCCGUCCGUCCACCCACCACCCCCAUCCAUCCAUCGCCGCCCAUCCCCAGUUUAUUAUCGCAGGUCAUCAGUCACCUCUCCGUCAGGCCCGAAACCUUGUUGAGCAAUUUAGAGCCCCCAUUCGCCCGGCACGACGCCGUGGUGGCGCUGUUUCUCCAGCUCGUGCGGUUACAACGCACUUGCUAGAUCCUUGCCAUCACAGGCCGCUUGCCUGUUUGUGAGGUACCUACCUACAGUUGGUACUAAGGUAUACUGUAGGCACAGUGGACGAAGCCCCAGGCCGUUGGCGGCAAGUCGUGAGGCCCCGCAGCGCAACCCAGCGCUGUCACUCGAGCACCAUACAGUAACUCGACAACGACGACGACGACGACGACGACAAGGUACAUGGUUGAUGCCUCCACCCGCCCUCCUCUGCGCCCAACACACGCUUCGCCGAACGUACCACCCUCCAUCGUCACUGCGCUGCGACCGUCUGAUCCCAAUCCCCAUCCAUCCACCCUUCCUACCCCCCCUAGAUUGCCGACCUGAGCAGGGCCGUGGCGGCCAGUGCCCUGCAUUUAUUACCUGCCGGCGCCGCCGUCAUGGAUCGCCGUCCACCGUCCCUGGUGUCGUCGCUGUCGCAUCAUAGCAACGGGCCCGAAUCUCACCGGAGCUCACUCGUCAUUGAACAGCAACGCCGUCGCCAUUAUCACCACUCAAACAGCCCUUACGCCUCGUACUCUCACGCGAACCCGAGCCCUCCGCAGUCGCAGCCAGCAGCAGCAGCAGCAGCCGCCGUCACUGCCGCCACUGCCCGGGCUUCCAGCGCUUCGCCUUCGCCCUCGCUCUCAGGCGCCGCUGGCCGAGGUAGGUUCACCGAGGAGUGGGACGCAAGCCGGCGAGGCAGCUCCAUCAUCGACGGCCCGGUCAGCAGGCGCAUCAACGACGUCGCCGCAAUGGAGCGCGCCAAUUCGGUCCGCAGCUUCUCCGCUGGCGACGACCAGCAGCUGCCCAUCCGAAACAACACCCUCAAGAAGAAGAGCUCCAUGCGUCGCAACAGCAGUUUGCGACGGAGCAGCAGCCGCCGUAGCAACAGGGCCGGCAGCGUCAGGAGCCUUGCCCUCCACUCUUCUUCGGAGCCAGACGACGCUUCGAGCGCCUUCUAUUGCCCCGUCCCGACCUCGGGCAACCCUACCGACAUUCUCGUCAACCGCUUCCAGACCUGGCGCAAGGUUCUCAAGGAUCUCAUCGCCUAUUUCCGCGAGAUCCAAUCGCACUAUGAACACCGUUCCAAGAACCUCGUUAAGCUCGCUAAUGUCGCCAACAACAUCUCCACACCUCCUAGCUUUCUCAAGUCCGCUGGCAUCGAUGAUGCGCUCCAGUUCCUCCGCAACUAUAACAAAGCUGCGAUACAAGAGGCCAACAAGGCCAGGGACAUUGAGGAGGACGUCAUUUUGGCCCUCACCGGCCUCAGGAGCGAUCUUCAGCAAAAAAUCAAAGAGAUCAAGCACCUUUCGGGUGACUUCAAGAACUCAGUGGACAAGGAGAUGGACCACACCCGUAAAGCCGUCAGUUCCCUCGCCGACGUCCUCGACAAAAAUGACGUCGAUGCGUCAUCUACGACGGGCAAGCAGGACCCUUAUUUGCUGCGCCUGGCCGUGGAUCACCAGGUCGAACGGCAGAUUGACGAAGAAAACUACCUCCACCAGGCUUAUCUCAACCUUGAGGGUUCCGGACGUGAGCUCGAGUCUAUUGUUGUCGGCGAAAUUCAAAAGGCAUACAACGCCUAUGCUGGCAUCUUGAAGCGCGAAGCCGACAACGCCUAUGCUGUUGUCGAGGAGCUGCGCGACGGGCCCAUCUCCAUGCCCAAGGAUCAGGAGUGGAUACACUUCGUGACGCACGACAAUCAGAUUGUCGACCCGACCAUUCCCAUGCGCACGGCCGAUCAAAUUCACUAUCCAGGCCAGGACCACGUGGCUGCACAGGAGAUUCGAGCCGGCUUGCUGGAACGCAAGAGCAAAUAUCUCAAGAGCUACACCGCGGGAUGGUAUGUUCUGUCGACGACGCACCUGCACGAAUUCAAGUCCGCCGACAAGGCGCAAGCCCCGGUCAUGUCCUUGUACCUGCCGGAGCAGAAGCUUGGCUCGCACUCUUCGGAGGGAGGAUCUUCAAACAAGUUCAUCCUAAAGGGUCGCCAGACGGGCACCAUGCACCGAGGUCACACCUGGGUUUUCCGCGCCGAGAGCCAUGACACGAUGAUGGCCUGGUACGAGGACAUUAAGGCUUUGACAGAGAAGACGCCGGAGGAGCGCUCCCAGUUCGUUCGCACGCAUUCUCGAAGCCUUAGCCGAUCGUCGCGCCGCUCCGUCAGCAGCGAUGGUAUCGUCGACGAGGACGAUGACGAGCCGUUCUCAGCCACUCACGAGGAUGUCAACCCGGAACCCCGACCUGACUCGGCGUCCCGACGACCUCAACCAGGUGGGCGGUUCCCAUCAGAUAUACAAGUCAACGCACAGCGAGGCUUACAGGCGCCUCAAUCGCCAUCUAGUGUGAGCUCAGGCCGACAUGAGUUCCCUUCGGACGGUCAAGCCAUUGCAGCUGCAGGGGCUCUUCCCAUGGCGGCGUACGCAGCGGGGCACCAUGACCACGGGCCAGACGACCACAUGGGCUACGGUGGCACGGAGCAGACCCCUAUGGAACAGAUGCCGUCGCAAGCGGUCAUCGCCUGCCAGGUGGGACACCAUGACGGUGUGAAUCCCUACACCAGCUCGCCAGCACAACAACCUCACUCAGCGCAUCACGAUGGGUACUUCGCGGCGCCCAUUAUCGCGUCCGGCACCCAUUAUGAGCAGCUGCAGAAUGACCGAGAGCUGGAGACGAGCGGCGUUCACGCAGAUGCGCUCGAUCAACACCAGAAUGGAAGCGCCAAGAAACUUGAGUCGACACAAGUCAACGGUGCCAACCACGUCAACGGCGGAAUCGCCAGCGAGAACGACCAGGUCGUCGGCAUGACGGCGGGAAGCAUUCCAAGGUCCGAGACGCAACACGAGCUGGCGCUACAGUCUGUGCCGGAGGCGGAGGCGGCCGACCUCAAGUCGCUUCCCUCGGCGCCGCUGACGGACAACGCCAAAGCGAGCUUGAACCGCCCCGGAGAGGUCAGGACUGAGAGCUUAGCAACUAUUUCAAACCUUCCGAUGCCCGGACAAUAUCCUAAGGGGAGCGGGGUUACCUCACCUUGAGCCGCGCAGCAUUUCCCUCGAGGCUGGGCCGUCGACACUUUGUUUUGACGGUCACCGAACACCGCUUGUAUGAUUUUCGUGCUUGCUUUACUACCCUGUCGCUGAUCUGGCCUGACCACGUCACUUGCCGAGUCCCUUGACGUUUUCCCCUUGUGUACGAGUAGCACAAUGUUCCUUCUUGUACGGUCCGUCGUUCUGUGUUUGAUUCAUGGUUUCCUUGCUGUUCCUAGUUUUAGUAUAUAAGUAGGGGAAAGGGGGGCACAAGUCUUCCCCGGG